CACUUUGUGGGUUGAGAACAAACUGGAUCCCGCCACGUCUUUAUUUAUAAUGGUGCGUAUGUAUGACUUGCAUAAUGUGUCGGGAAUAUGUCGCUAUACAUUGCACCGGCGUAAGCAAGGGAGGGGCUGCUGCAAAACUCGCCGAUAGAAUGAAUGCAAAGAGCCAAAAGAACACUUCCUGUUGAUGCAAAAAUUGCAGCAGCAACUGUCUGACACAUCUGGACUGGAGAGGGGGGGAGGCCUGGCUGUGGCUGUUAGCGAACUGGAGGGGAAUGGACAACGUUUAAUGGCAAUCUGCAGCACGGUGGUUGACAAACUGGAGAAGCAUAUUCAAGAAAUGGACGACGGCAGCUACAUCGAGUUUGAUGUGCCGGAGUUCAGCAACACUGUCCUGACCCAGCUCAAUGAGUUGCGACUACAGGGCAAGUUAUGUGACAUCAUUGUCCACAUUCAGGGUCAGCCAUUCCGCGCCCACAAGGCCGUUCUGGCAGCAAGCUCACCCUACUUUCGAGACCACUCAGCUCUCAGCACCAUGAGUGGCCUUUCGAUCUCGGUCAUCAAAAGCCCCGAGGUGUUUGAGCAGCUUCUAGCAUUCUGCUACACUGGCCAUAUGUCCCUGCAGCUCAAGGACAUUAUCAGUUUCCUCACUGCUGCCAGCUUUCUGCAGAUGCAGGUCAUCAUUGACAAGUGUACGCAGAUCCUCGAGAGCAUCCACUCCAAAAUAAGCCUCCCAGUUAGUAGCCCAGAGAAGGACGAUUCGCAGACAAGUCGCAAUGGGGUCAACGACAGCAACCUCUUUGUCAACCCCACGCAGAUCUCCCCCCCUUACUACUCCCGUCAGAGUCAUGCAGGAAACGAAGCACGCUUGGACCUUGGAGGAAAAGGCCUGAGUCGUGGGCGACUGCAGCAAGAGGAAGGCCAAUCGGAUCGUGGCAGCACCGACAGUGUGUCGGAGCAUGAUGCACCCAUGGAAGGAGAAAUGGAGCAAGUGGAACUUAUUGGUAAAGACGGCCAAGUCACAGACGUGCAUGUGAAAGUAGAGAAAACUGAGAGGCCUACCUACUCCGAUAGUUCCUCAGCUGGCGAUGAUGGCUACCACACGGAGUUGGUGGAUGGAGAGCAAGUUCUGGCUGUUAGUGUGGGGUCUUACGGUCCUGUUAUCCAGUCGGCUGCCUAUUCCUACUCAGGGCUCUCUUCCCCGUGCUUUGUUAACCUCAGCAGCUCCAGCCCGUCCCGUUCCAUCCUCAGCGGCUUCAGAGGUGGAAGAGCCAGAGCAAAGCGCCCACUGGGCAUCCCAGCAGCGGUACUGAGUCACAUCAAACAAGGUGCAGAUGACAGCGAACCCGCUGUGGGACCCACAAUGUUGGAGAACGACGUGCGAGAGCGCAGUCUGAGGAGUCAGUGGUACCCAUACAACGAAAGACUCAUUUGCGUCUACUGCGGUAAGACCUUCAAUCAGAAAGGGAGCCUCGACCGUCACAUGCGCCUGCAUAUGGGCAUCACCCCGUUUGUUUGUAAGUUCUGUGGCAAGAAGUACACAAGGAAAGACCAACUGGAGUACCACAUCCGCGGCCACACGGACAACAAGCCGUUCCACUGCCAGAUCUGUGGAAAAUGCUUCCCGUUUCAGGGCACCCUUAACCAGCACCUGAGGAAGAAGCACAUGGGAGCGUCCGAGGGCAGCAAUCAUAUGGACUCUCCUGAGAGGACGGAGGGAAGCUCGGGUCAGAAGGACCAGAAUGACACCGCUGAGGGGAUAGCCUAUGAGGCGCAAUAUGCAGAAGAGGCACCAGCCAGUGAAAUGGAGGAGAGUUCCAAAUGCAGUCCAGAAGAGGCUCAGGCAUCCAGAUGCGAUUAUUAGGUUCUGCUUCAGGUUCAAGAAGCUUUAAGAAAUGUUUAUUUCAAAUCAUGUUACGGAUUUUUCAGCUCCCUCUUCUAUGGACGUAUCUUUCUUUAAGGGGUGCUACCAAUUUUGUGAACGCUGGGUGUCAAAUGCAGAGCAAAGCGAGUUACUUCGGGAGCUACAUCUUACUAUUUUUGCUGAGAUCCCAUUUAUCUACCCCCCCCCCCCCCCCCAACACCACCGCCCCCCUCCCCAUCUCCCUUCCCACACAGAUGAUUUCUCAUUAUAUCUUUCCAUGUUUUUAGAAACAUAUUUACAGAGUUAUAUAGGCAUGUUGCAAUAAUUGAAAAUGUGAAAGCUCUGGUAAGAUGCUUGUCAUAUCACCUUUUUACCUGACCUGUUUUUGCACAUACGGCCACAAGAGGUCACUCACUCACGCACUCACUAGGAAUGAUCCUUUCUUUUCCUCUUUUUUUUUUUUUUUUUUUUUUUUUAAAUUGCAAAGCUUUUUGUGACAUAUCCGUUCAAUACCUCAUGAUACAACCAACUACACACUCAUCACAGUAUUCUCACUUCAAUGGAACUUACUUGGUUCUACCUCAUAGCUAGUAACCUACCGGGCACAGACAAGUUCACUGUUCGAAAUCCAUUUUAGGGCAUAUGAUGUACAGUAUUUUGCCAAUCCAUUGAAAGAAUAUUCUCUCAUUGUAAAGCCUUCAUAGACAGGGGAAGUAUUCCUUGUUGAUUGUAUGGGUUGGAUUAACAAGCAGGUGAUCUUCUAAAGAGUACAUUUAGGAUUCUCGCGUUUGUUUUUUGGACCCUUUAGCAAGAGACAGAGAAUAGAUGGCCCACUAGAAUAUCGGUUUGCUGUCUAAAGUGUUUUUCCAACAAAACACAUAGUUUUUACCUCAUCGCUAAUACUGGUGGCAUGCUGUUAUAUAAUCACGGUUUUAGAUAUGUAAACUGUGAAAAGGGGGCUCACUUGAAGUCCCACCUAUUCGCCCACACUGGGAUUUGAUAUUUACAUUGUGUAACUUGUUUUGACCCGAAGUAGGUAAGGUAAGGUAAGCUACAACUCAUUUUUCAUUCACUACAGUUGCAACAACUCCGGAUCCGUUCACGCACAGUACAGCAAAAGUACUAAUAUCAAUAAUAUGCAAAAAGCCGCAAAGGAAUCUCAGCCAUUUUGACAUGGUUUGUCUUCCGUUAUUUACGAGUACUAUUGUAUUUUUGUUUUGUUUUGUUAUUUUCUUCCCCCCAUUCUAUCCUACCUGCCGUCUUUCUCUGCAUUGGUGCGGGUCAAAUACUAUUAAUGUAAAGACUAAGGUUGUUUUCAGCAAUCAGUACCACUUUUUGUUUGACAUGUGGUGGCUAAAACAAGAGGAACGUAAAUGUUAAAGGUGGCAAAAGUAUGUGAUACAAAGUAUUGAUGCACUUUGCAAAGUUAGCGGAAGGGAUUGACGUCCCAGUGAUAGUUUGCUGAUCUCGUUUUAAACCCGAUGCUGCAGUGUCAAGAGUUAGUUGGCAGCAGUUACUACACACAACAUGAUGAGACUCUGCAACCACAAGAUUACUAAUAGCUAUGAAUCAUGCAAAUGUCUUGUGUUUUUACUGUUUUAUUGAACCAUGGGGACUGGGGCUUUGGGUAGAAAUUAGUAUAUCAAGACUGUUUUAUAUCCAUUGUGAUUUUUCAUUUUUGAUUCUUAAAAGGCACUUGUAAGGCCUGCUUGAUUAUCCUUUCAUAGCUAUUUGGUCAUUUCAAGCGCAGCAACUUGGUCUCUUUUUGAAACAUCGCUGUCUUAUCCAUCCAAAUGAGUUAAUGCCUUUUUUGUGGUGCAAUUUUGCUAUAUAGCAAUAUGACCUAUUGUUUUGCCAAGUUGGAUUAAGAGGGUGGCCAUUAUUAUAAAUUUCUUAUUUGCAGUCAUUAUCUUUACGAGGCAGUUGAGAGGGUACAUUUCAUUAUUGUGAAUUUCAAUAGAAUUUGGUUAUCAUUCUUUUUUUUCUUCUUUUUUUUUUUAUAGUUGUUUGUUACUUAAAGUCUUGGUUAAUAACCACUUUUUUUCAAUGUCAAAUUGUCAACAGUACUCUUUACAUGAAUGUUUACUCCAUUUAUUUCCGUCAUGUUUGUUUUUGUCCGCUACUGAUUUUUAAAUCUGAUUCUGCCAAUGAUUGCCCAGAAAUGAUUUGCGAGUGAAAGGUACAAGCUGCUUCAUGUUUGUGCCAUGAGUUCACACCAAAGAUUAUCUCAUUAUUUUUAGGUGUCUAUUUUUGAGUGUAUUUCAUAAGUGAAUGCUUACCAAGAGCAAUGGGUUAUUCAUUAAACGUUGCCACGUUAAUUGCUAUUUGAAAGGAAUGUAAGCUCCCCACUUAAAACAAUCAUUUGCAACAAAUCUGAACAAUUUGCGAUUAAUAUCAUAAUUAGCAAUGUUAAUUUAAGCCAUAAAAUAAGUGAUAGUAAAUUGUGUGCAAUAGGUAAUGUAAUUGUGUGAAGCCAAUGUAAACAAAAAAAAAAAGAGUCCUUCACAACCAGUGGCAUUUAAACCUAGUGCCUUCCCACAAGCUUUACAUUUUAGAGUUUGGCACUUAGAAUAAUGUGCCUCAUUUCUUUGUAAAUGGAUUGAAUCAAGAGAUUUUGAUGAAACGUAGCUAGCGACAUUGUAAAGUAGUUUCACGAUGAAAUGAAUUCUCCAAUGUGUCAUCCAUUUUGUACUUUUUCAGCUCAUGUCUUACCCUCUUGUUCCCAUUUUAUCAAAUGAAAGCCUUUUUUUUUUUUUUGCUUCUGAUUUUAUUUUAUUUUCAUGGGACAAAUGACUAUCUGAGGUAGCAAGUGAUAACAAUCAAAUGGGGCUAUUGGGUUGUACUCAGAGAGAGAUUUGUUUAUCCCUCCACUCUAGCCAGUGAGGACAAUCCCAUCUAUGUGCCGUACUUGUUCCGUCUUUCAAUGAAUGAAUGAAGGAAGGAGAUGCAUGGAACACGCAAAUCUACUUCCCUCUCCUGCUCCAAUACAGGCAGGAGAGCAGCUGCUUAAAAAAAAAUAGUAAAGUAUGUGUGCAUUUUAAAUAAACUGAAGGAAAGAAAAAAAACGCGUACCCUAUACUGUAGUUGAAUUGCACGUUUCGCAACCACAAAAAAAAACAAAAAACACAAAAUUAUAUCCAAUUGCCAAUGGAUACUUUCGAAACUUGAGUUCUUUUUGAAAUUUUGUCAUUGAUUGCGCACUUAACAGUUCUCAUGACUAGUACAUUACAGUCCAUCUGGAAAUUGUAUCUAUCCAGCUAUAAUGGCCUCAUUUGCUUAGGCAGGGUCUUUUCCUCGAUAAAAUAUGCUUUUUUUUUUUAAAACUAGUAAGGUUUUGUUUUCCUAUCAAAUAAGUAUAUAAGUCCAUGUAUAGGUAAAUGGCGGGGGUAUUGUUUGAAUGCUUUUCAUGUAGCUAUAUUUACUUAAGUCAUAGUAUACACACAACCAACUGACCUUGACACACUCUCUAGUUGACUUUUGUAAGUUCUUAAUUCCACACUCAAUACAGGAGAUACCAUACGGGCCACACCUAAUCAAAAGGAAGUGUUUACAGGGAAGGCUGUCCGACUACUUUUGAAAUUGCAGCUCAUCCUCUUAAACUCACUUCAGGUAGUUUACAAACACUGAUACUGGCUUGGAAAAAUAAUCUUAGGUCUUCCGUAGCAUUUUUUUUCUUUUUUUUUUUUUUCCCAGUUUCUGUCCACUGUGUAUUAUUAAAAGAAAGCAAUAAACUUUUAUAAAAGUGGUGUAUUUGGAUCAUCAAGCCUAUUGAAAUAUUGGCCUGUUAUAUGAAAUAAACUUAAUGUCAGGGAGCUAUUCAAUUAAAAUAAAACCAGGAAAAUUUGAUAAUGAUUCGUUGCUUUUUUUUUUAUAUAUAUAUAUUCACUGAACACUUUUGGACAGGUUGGCUUCCUCUUUAGAAAAAUAAUUCUCAUGAUAUAUACAUGCAGUGUAUAUAGUAAAGGAAAAAUGAUCAAAUUCUAGUGAACUGCAACAGAAAAACUGAGCAUGUGGCUCAGUCAUCUACUCUGCACUGGGCAGAGUUGCAACUCCAGCUGUAUCAAAAUAACGAAAGGGAUUUUUGGGCUGUUUAGCCAUGUUUUGGGAGUGGGCUGUGUGUUGUCAUGUUCUGAUUUGGUGGACACGUCCGGCUCCUCAGUUGCAGAGACUUUGUUGCAAUUGUUCACAAUAAGAGGGAAGUUAGUAAGCUCAACAUCAGUUCCCUCAACGCACUAUAAUGUCUCUUGCUCAUGUAUUUGGGAACAAGGCU